AUGCGUUUCUCAUUGGUUGUCUCCACCUUAGCCCUUAUUGGUGCCGCCAAGGCUACUGUCUCUGCCCAGCAGGUGGUUGCGAACAUUGAUGCUAUUACCAGCAAGUCUUCCGAAACUAACGAUAUCGCGAAGACUAUAUCUAUUACCAAUUUCUUCAGCACCACUCCUCAAGUAAUCAGAAACUUCAGGGACAUUAUCGCGAUUGUUACUCAAGACAUCAACGCCAUGGAAUCUAAGCGUAGCCUUAUGGCUCGCCAGGAGUGCCUGGACCUCGAGGACAUUGAAAGAUGCCUUGGGGACCUGGGAGAAAUCGUUUCAAACCCCUCCGAGCUCUUGGGUGGUGAAAAGAAGAAGCGCCAGAGUCCUGGCUACUCUGACACCGACCAGGAGGCCAUCUGCACCUCUUUCCGUGGAUUCGUCCAGGUCCACCAGCAGCUCCUCCAGACUGUCAUUGGCAAGCACGGCCUCUUAAGCCUGACGCCCUUCACUCAGCCCAUUGCUCAAAUCCUCCGCACUCUUGAGGCUGGUGUUGACACAAUUGCCUUCGAAACUAUCGAUAGUGUCCCUACCUGCGCUCAGGAUGCCACCCAGAACAAGGACAGCCUUGACAAAGCAGAGGAGGGCCAGGAAAGGCCUGACGAGCAUUAA